ACAGCUGUGGGAGCAAAAUCGGUCGUGGCUAUGCUGAGUGGGGCUCUUCCGCAGCCUCUCACCUUCUAUAAUGAUCCUUUAAGAUGCAAGAACAUCACUGGAUAUGAUAUUGUUGCAUGUUCAUGGUGGACGUUCAUAAAUAACGGGACUGCCCCCGCGCCCAUUCUUGUGCAGUUCCCAAUUGUCAAGGCUGUUGUGAGAGCCAUGGACACCAUCACGGACUACGUGAAGAAAGAGUUUGGUCACAAUGUCACAAAGUUUACAUUAGCAGGCCUGGGACUGGGUGGGUGGAUCUCCUGGCUGACAGCAGCAGUUGACAAGAGGGUUGAAGCGAUUGCUCCCGUAGCCAUGGAUUUCCUGAAUUUCACAAAGUCUUUCAAACACCAUUACCGAGCGUAUUGUGGCUGGUCGUAUAUGAUGAGACCUUUCUAUAAGAUGAAUAUAACCCAAGAGUUGGACAACCCCCGUUUCCAGGAGCUGGCUUCUCACUUGGACCCCCUGGAAUACAAUGAGCGAUAUGCGAAUGUAACCAAGUACAUAAUCGUUUUGUCGGGGGAUGAGUUCUUCCCACCGGACAACUCACGAUAUUAUUUUCCUCAACUGGAAGGCCCGAAACGUAUCCUAAUCAUGCCAAACACUGAUUAUUUGAAUUUACGGAAAAACAAACUCCUGCAGAGAAUUACCUCUUUUUACUUCACGGUGGUUGAAAAGAAAUAUACACCUUACAAGAUCUCCUGGGAGAUGAACAUGACAAAUACCAGCGGGACUAUUUCUCUUACUGCCUACAAUACCCACAGAGUCUAUUCUCACCAUGCUGGCACAGUUGAUAAUACCAGGCGAGACUUCAGGAUGAAGAGAGCAGCUGGCAAUUCUUCCCAAGACAACCCUGUAAAAUGGAUUCGGACAGACGUUAAAGAAGUGAAAAGAAAUGUUUAUAAGAAAGAAAUGACCUUUCCAGAAAAUGGAUGGAGAGGGUUUUUCCUUGAUGUUACCUUUCCAAGUAAUAAGUUUGGUCCUUUCAUGGAAACAACGGAGAUGCUAAUCAUGCCAGACACUUAUCCAUGUCAUGACUGCCAUGAAGAUGGAUGCCAUGGAAGAAUAGUCUGACUGCCUCCAAGAAAUGUUAUUAUAGCAAUUUAUGUUUCAUAAAAGGGUGUUGGUGGAGGUUGAUCAGCUCGGUGGCUUAAGUGAAAUAAUAAA